UUACACGAAAACAAAAUGCCUCACAUCUUAUCUGUAAUCGGUAAUACUGAUGUCCUAAAAUUUGUGAAUUUAUCAAGCACCACUCCAAACUAUAUUUGCAGUCCAAUUAAUGUGGCGCCCCCAUGUGGCCAGCAGAAAGAUUGUAGCAACCUGGCGAACGGACGAUAUGCAGACAAAGACAACAAUUGCAGUAGUUACUAUACGUGCAAUACGGGUACUUUCUUCGGACAUUCACUGUGCGCCGGAUCCCUGGUGUUUGACGAGGCCAAACAGACAUGUAACUGGCCAAAUAAUGUACUGCCACCCUGUGGGACCAAUGGGACAAGUUCACCUUAAGGCCACAGAACUUCCGGUAACCUCACAGUACACCGGGACACGUGAAUGUUGUUAAAAUAUAUUGUGAGCUGCACUUCUAAUAAAGUAACUUAACUAUUAAAAA